AUGGCUCUGAGACAUGGGAGUCCUACACGGCUCACUUUGAAUGUUUUUUGGGUCGCACACGACCUUACCGAGCUGACGGACGAACGAAAAUGCGCCUUUUUCUUGUCCGUCUGCGGCACAGACGUCUUCCACACCGCCAGGGCUCUCACAGCUCCUGAACCUAUCAAGGCCGUCCCUUGGCCCGUCCUGAUGGCAAAGCUGACGAGCCAUUAUGCCCUGUCUCCGUCCAAAAUAGCCCGCCGGCAUGCUUUCCAUCAACGCAGCCAAGCCGAGGGUGAGUCAGUCAGCGCCUACGUUGCUGCCCUACGAUCGGCCGCCCUCCACUGUGAGUUCCGGGACCUCGAUGAAGCUCUCCUCGACCGCCUCGUGUGUGGCCUCAGGGACCUCAAACUGCAGAAGCGACUGCUAACCAAAGCAGACCUCUCUUUCCAGACCGCCUUCGAUGAGCUACCGGUCUACUGGAGACUGAAAGCGAUGAUUCCGAUCUUGAGAACCCGGAGGAGGACAUUAACCGCCUUCAUGAGGCGAACAAAAAGAGCUUCCCUCAGCGGAAGGGCGACCCUAAAUCUGCAUGUAGUGGUUGUGGAGGCAACCACGAGAGAGCUGAGUGCAGAUUUAGGCAAGCCCUCUGCCAGCGGUGUGGCAGGAAGGGCCACAUCGCUCGGGUGUGCCGAGCCGCGCAGCCCAUGUCCUCCUUUGAAUUCCAAGCCGAUUGGUCCCGGCAAUCUCGGAACCGGCAAUCUCGGAAGCCCCAAGAAGGCUAGGAUGGACUGCCAUGCCAUCCUCCGCAACUCUAACCAGGGACUCUCAUGCCACCAUCUCCAGAAAAAGAUCCAGCUAACUGUUACUGUGGAAGGGAAGCCCUGCGAGAUGGAACUCGACACCGGUUCCGCAACCUCUAUAGUGUCUUGGAGCACAAUUAAGCGCCUCUGCCGCAGCUGUCAAAGAGCCUUACAAGACUGUAACUUGACAUUACGGGACUAUCAGGGCAACCUGAUUCCAGUAAUUGGCACCCGCAAAGUCAGAGUGCAAUUCAAGGGGUCUGACGGCCGGUUACCUCUCAUCAUAGUCGAAGGCCGGCUGCCCAGCCUUCUCGGCCUCGACUGGUUCCAGUCCCUGGGCCUGCAGAUCAGCGGCAUCCACCACCUCAGCGCGUCAGCCCUCGAUUGCCUGGUCAACGAAUUUCCUACUGUGUUUGAUGGCGCUUUAGGCAAAUACACAGGCACCCCUGUGUCUUUCAACCUCGACCCGUCAGUGCAGCCGGUGCGAAUGAAACCAUGCCGCGUUCCCAUCGCUCUCAAACCAAAAGUGGACGCCGAGCUGGACAAGCUUGUGGCUCAAGGCGUCCUGGAGCCAGUGGACCACGCACGAUGGGAAACACCCAUCGUGUUACCCAUCAAACCAGACGGCAGCGUGAGGAUUUGUGCAGACUACCAUUGCUCUAUCAACCGCGCUCUGCCAUCCAACGCAUACCCGGUGCCAGUGGUCCAGCACCUACUACACACCUUGGGCGAGGGGACUGUUUUCGCGAAGCUUGACCUCGCCCAAGCAUAUCAACAGCUGGUGGUGGACGAUGAAGCAGCUGAGGCACAGACAAUCAUCACACACCGGGGUGCAUUCCGUUGCCGUAGAUUGCAGUUUGGGGUUAGCAUUGCCCCAGGACUUUUCCAAAGUUUGAUGGAGCGCCUGCUCCAAGGACUCCGAGGCGUCAUCCCCUAUUUUGACGACGUCCUCGUCUCAGCAACCUCCCUAGACGAACUCAUGGCCAGACUGCGGAUGGUUCUCCGGAAAUUUCAACAAGUGGGACUCAAAGUCAAAAGAGACAAAUGCCAGAUUGCGGUACCCCAGAUAGAGUUCCUUGGGUUCCUCAUUGAUGGCAGCGGCAUCCACACCACUGCUGCCAAGACCAAAACCAUCCUUGAGGCCCCUGCACCUACCAACAGAGCUGAAUUACAGGCCUUUUUAGGCCUACUCAAUUUCUAUGCGGUGUUCCUGCCACAUAAGGCCUCUGUAGCUGAGCCACUUCACCGCCUCCUCGACUCAGGUGCUGCCUGGGUCUGGGGCCGCCGGGAGGCCUCCACAUUCCUAGCUGUCAAACACCUACUUAUCUCCAACGAUGUCCUCAUCCAAUACAGCGAACACUUGCCUCUCGUGCUCGCUUGCGACGCUUCACCCUACGGGGUGGGCGCCGUUCUCUGCCACUAGUUACCCAGUGGGGCAGAGGUGCCUGUCGCAUACUUUUCCCGCACACUCUCUGCCUCAGAACGCAACUACGCCCAAAUUGACAAAGAGGCUCUUGCUAUUGUGGCCGGGGUGCGGCGUUUCCAUCACUAUUUGUACGGCCGCCCAUUCCAAAUUGUCACCGAUCACAAGCCAUUGCUAGGGUUGCUGGCCGGCGAUCGCCCUGCCCCGCAGGUUCUCUCUCCCCGAAUGACACGUUGGUUCGUGUUCCUCGCAUCCUACGACUACCAGCUGCAUCACCGCCCGGGGAAGCAGAUCGCUCAUGCCGACGCCCUCAGCCGUUGCCCCCUGCCAGAAGCUCCGGAAGACCCUGCUGCUGCGGCCCCUGUCUUCCUCAUCGACGAUCUCAACCUUCCAAUUUCUGCAGCCGACAUCGCCCGGUUGUCCGCAAGGGAUCAGGUAAUAUCCCGGGUACUAGACUGGGAGGCGGGGUGGCCAAAAGACCCCGUAGAUACCGUUUUCCUUCCCUUCAAAUCACGCCUGGCGGAGCUGUCCGUCCAGCGCGGCUGUUUGCUUUGGGGCCACCGAGUCGUUGUGCCUGCCUCACUGAGGACUACCGUCCUGCAGCAGCUGCAUCAUGCACACCCCGGCAUUGUCCGGAUGAAAGCCCUGGGCAGAAGCUAUGUCUGGUGGCCUAAGCUUGACCAACACAUAGCUGCCCAUGUUGCAGGGUGCCCUCAAUGCCAGGGCGCCCAGGCCUUGCCUCCCAAAGCCGAGCCCCGGACGUGGGAACCACCAUCUUCUCCCUGCUCCCGGGUCCACGUUGACUUUGCGGGCCCUAUUCAGGGCCGCAUGCUAUUGAUUGCUGUGGAUGCCUUCUCGAAGUGGGUUGAGGUCAUCCACAUGUCCUCCACCACAGCAGAUGCACUCAUUGCGACUCUGCGCCACCUAUUUGCCACCCAUGGCCUACCCGACGUGUUAGUCUCCGAUAACGGGCCACAACUGACAGCUACCAAGUUUGAGACCUUUCUGGCUUCCCAAGGCAUCCGACAUGCCCUUACCUCCCCGUUCCACCCCUCUAGCAAUGGUUUGGCGGAGUGCGCCGUGCGGUCCGUCAAAGAGGCCCUCGCCAAAAUGGAUCACCUGCCCUGGCAAGAACGCAUUGAUGCUUUCUUGCUGGCCCACCACUCCACUACCUCACCAGACUCCAACACCAGUCCAGCCGAGCUCCUUAUGGGAUGGCGGCUGCGAACGACCCUUGACCGAUUGCACCCUGCCUACUCCACCCCAACUCCUUUGGAUUCCCAGGGGGGAACUCGCUCUUUCGUCCAGGGGGAGGCACAUGAUCUGUCGGGCUUCACGGCACAGUUCUGGAAGACAUUACUCGUCCCGAAACUGAUGGGCAUGGAGAGGGUGAAUGUCAUCUUGGAACAGUACCUCCACUGUUUCAGCCUCAACCAACAAGACAAUUGGGCGGAUGUGCUGGCUGUGGCGGAGUUCACCUACAACAAUGUCCAGCACACAUCCACCCACAUGUCACCCUUCUUUGCCAGUUACGGAUCCCACCCAGGGCUUUUCCCAUUGGCUCUGUCCGACUCCCCUGUAUCAUUUAUGGAUACAUUCCUCCAAGAACUGAAAGCUGUGCACCAAGUGGUCUGA